AUCUCCUCUCUCGCUCGCGCUCUCUCUCUCAGGCGCGAGUUUUUGGUUAUCUGUCACCACUCGAUGACGUCAUCACCGAUGUAAUAAAAUUUGACGUGGCUGGCUUUUUACGUAGUUGCACAGUGACGGGAUUAUACGUAAUUGCUGAGCAGACGCGAGAUUCGCUUCCCAGGUGCUAUGGAUAGCAUGGUGGAGGAAAACGGAAAUUCAAGUAUCGAUCCACUCUCGGAUCAAACAUCACCAGGAGAGCCAAACUCCGGGUCGGCCGUUCUGACUACAGCAGCCAACAUAGUGCAAUUCAUCCCCACACAAGCUGUUCAAGUUUCACAGUCCGUGAUUCAGGCGAAUCAAUCGUCCGUGAUCCAGACAGCGACCAAUUUGCAACCGAUGACCCUCGCAAAGGGAGUGUUGUAUGUGAAUAAGACGACUAACUCAGUGAUACACACAGCUCCGGCCGGGCUUCAAGUUAAAAUAAAACCCGAACCAAAUACAACACCUACCCAAGUACAAGUAAAUGAUACAAAUAGCGAAGAUGACAGCAUAACGGACGACGAGUCUCCCAAGAGGCGAAGAGAUUUGCUCACCAGGCGGCCAUCCUAUCAUCGAAUCCUGAAAGAGAUCAGCGGACCAGACAUAGCUGUCCUGCCGACGACCACAUUGCAAAUCACCAACGUCCAGGGCGGUGACGCAACUGGUAGCUUACACACGAUAGCCACUCCCGGCGGCGGCAGUACGAUAGUGCAAUAUACCCAGGGUCAGGAUGGGCAGUUCUUUGUACCUGUUUUAGGUGGUCCUGUGCUGGCAGAGGAUCAGUCGCGGAAGCGCGAAAUUCGGUUGCAGAAGAACCGCGAGGCGGCUCGUGAGUGUCGCAGAAAGAAGAAGGAAUACAUCAAGUGCCUGGAGAAUCGAGUUGCUGUGCUUGAGAAUCAAAACAAGGCGCUCAUCGAGGAGCUGAAGACACUCAAGGAGCUCUAUUGUCAGUCGAAGAACGAUUGAGGACUGGCCUACGCCUUCUGCCUGCUACUCCACGCACUCAGACGCCAUCACUAUCGGGCUUUCCUCUUCGCGUGAAGGGGAAAAGUAAUACAAACAGUGUUUGAAAAGAGAGAAAAAAGGGGAGACAAAGUGUUAAGAGAUCUGUAGCAAUUUCUAUCAAUUGUCAAAUGUUUCUUCGCAUGAAAAGAACCACACAACAAAGAAUUGAAAACCUUUGAAAAUAUCAACGAAAGAAUGUGAAAAAUACCAAUUUUUUUGGGUUUCCUUCUGGGCACGCAGACAGAGACAAACCACGGGAAAAUUAUCAUUCAACAUGAUAAUGAUGAAUCUUUUUAAAGUAAACAUGUUUUAAGAGAGUGAAAGAGAGAGAGAGAGGGAAUAAAAUGUGUGAAGAGAGACACAAAGCAGAAGCGGAUAUUUAGCUUGUUUCAAAGAUGAGGAGUUCUUUUCUUUUUUUCUGUCUUCAUGUGUAAAUAGAUAAUUUAAAUGAAUGAUGAGAGGAUUUAAGAGAAAUUCUUAUAUAAAUAUUAAAUUUAAAAGGAAGAAAAAAUGAUGAAAAUUAUUAUAUAUAAAUUAUUCUUAACUAACUGUAUAACACGAUUAUGCGAAAGGUGGUUAAUGAGGAGCUCCCUGUUGUAAAUGUACAUCCCCCUAUCCCCCCCUUGUACUUUCUUUUAGCGAAACCAGCCACUAAGUGAGGUAUAAAGAAUACAAUUUUAGUGUAAGUGAGAGGAAUUUGUAUUAAGUUGUUUGAGGAGUAAAUCAAACUUAAUGAGAAGAAGAAACACUACACAAAAUCACAUACAUGCAAAGAGGAAUUAUUUGUAAAAAAAAAAAGUACUUUUAUGGAGAUUAAGGGUAAAAGUGAGGAAAUAGAAGUGAAAGAGAGAAAUUAAGAAAAAAUAGAAGAAUAGACCAUAUUUUUGCUAUGACUGUGAGAGAGGAGAAAGAAUAUUUCAACUUGUAACAAUUUCCUUUUGAAGAAGCAUCAACCAUUUUCCUCCCCCCAAAAAGAAAUCAAGAUCAAUUUUCCACACUACAAAUUCACAGUGAAAGAGAUGAAAUGUGAGAAGAGACAAAGUGCCUUGAAAUCAUCAAGAAUAGAUUCUUUCCAACUUAUCAUUAGCUUUUUGUUGGGUACUUAAAAACACUUUAAUUCUAACCAUAGCAAAAACAAAGAACAAACACGCCACUAUUUUCCAAAAAAAAAAAACGAAAAUUUGACGAGCUGACGAUAGGGCAAAAAAAGGAAAACAUAUCAGAAUGGACAGAGAAUUUAACCUUCUAUUUGUAGACUCUUAAUUUUUCGGUUUGUUUUCGGCAAGUUACAGAAUGAAAAAAAGAAGAAUUAUUAAAAAAUUGCAAGCGCGAUUAUAAUGAAGAAUGGCAUAAGAAAUUUACUGGUGAAACCUUUUAAAGUGUUUUAAGAUGAUAGUUUGGGCAAAUUUUAUUUGGUGAUUAACUCUUAUUAUUAGUAUUUGACAAUGGACAAUUUAUGUAAAUAAAAAAAAGAGAGAGAGAUCAAUAAAUUGAAAAAAACAUUUCGUUCUUUU